AUGAUAUGUCCAUGUCCUCCACUUCUACUUGUCCUGCAGUGUGAUGAACAGGAUCUCCAUGUAGUCAUUCUGGUGCUAGCCAGCAUUCAUCAGCCCUCUCAGCAGGUCGCAGCACCGGAUCUGGAGGUGAUCUCACAGCAGGUGGAUGAUGAGGGCCAGUGCAUGGCUCCAGUGCAGCUGGUCAGCUUCGCCUACAGGGACCUUCCUCUGGCUGCGCUGGAUCUCUCGCUUGCCGGAUCACAGCUACUUUCCAAUCUGGAUGAAGAGGACAACCAAGAGGGGUCUAACUGGCUGAAGCCGUGCUGUGGGCGGAGGGCGGCGCUGUGGCAGGUUUGUUUGUUGAGUGCUGGCUUCAACUGUUUCCUGGUGGCCUGUGUCAUACUGGUGGUGCUCUUACUGACUCUGGAACUGCUCAUCGAUACCAAACUCCUACAAUUUAAUAAUGCAAUCCAGUUCGCCUGUAUCAUCCACUGGAUCAGCCUGGUCAUCCUGUCUGUGUUCUUCACUGAAACUGUCUUUAGGAUUGUGGUGCUUGGGAUCUGGGAUUAUAUAGAGAACAAAGUUGAGGUGUUUGACGGUGCUGUGAUUGUACUCUCUCUGGCCCCAAUGGUGGCCUCCACAGUGGCGAACGGCCCCAGUAGCCCCUGGGAUGCCAUCAGCCUCAUUAUCACCCUUCGUAUCUGGAGAGUCAAGAGAAUCAUUGAUGCGUAUGUGCUGCAAGUGAAGGUGGAGAUGGAGAUGGAAGUCCAGCAGUAUGAGAAGACCAAAGCUGUAAGGGAAGAACAGCUGGAGAGACUCACACAAAUCUGUCAGGAACAAGCUUUUGAGAUCAGGCAGUUGAGGGCACACCUGGCGCAGCAGGAUCUGGAUCUGGCUGCUGAGCGAGAAGCUGCCAUGCAGAUCCACCAUGUGUGGGGGAAACAGAGCAGCAGCUUUCAGGAAAUAGACGGUCUGGGGCCCUCUGGAUCUGACAAAGUGUGCCGGGCCAAUACCAGAGACCCCAGACCACCUCCAGAGCGUGUCAUUCAGGAUGAUAUGAAUAACUACAUCAGCCAGUAUUACAGCGAGCCAAGUAGCGACACCGGAGUGCCCGACCCUGGUGCACGCUUCAUCACCACAGCAGCCAUCGACAUCCACCUUCCCACCAAUCUUAACCAGCUGCCCCCUUCGCUCGUCAGUGCUGAUGGCCCUGGCAGUGGACAAGAACGCACAGGCAGCUCUGUAAGCGAAGCGUCCAGCACGACCAUGUCCCGGUCCAGCUGUAGCUUCACAGCACGGCAGCAUAGCGUCAGCAGCCAUACGCUGGGCUCCACCACUGACUGCAGCUCCACUGUACGUGAAGCCUCCACCUCCGACUACAGCGGACAACGUUACUGCCCUCCUCCAUACUCCAGCCCUCUGGCCCUGGGGACACAAUCGGGCAUCCAUGACCCCAGCGCAGUGGUCAAAGAGCUGCUGUCUUCCCUGUCUGAGGACUCCUGCCUCAUCCAAAAAGGCAGGGUGGACCCGGUAAACCUCAAGUUUCCCAGUCCGGUGGGGUCUGUGAAGGCCAGCCCGGAACUAGAGCACAGGGUUAACAUAUACAACAAGAGGAACCAGGAGCGUCUGGGCAUCUUCCAGACCAAGCCACUAAUUCACCUGCAGGGUACUGAGCCAUCGCUUGAGGAGAAGUACAGGUUAAUGGAGCUGGCCGAUACGCCACUGAGUCAUAUACCAGACACAUAGAGCAUAGAGUGUAGGACAGUGACCACCAACAUCAGCUGAAGCAGCCUUUCUCUUGGCCUCUUUUUCUCUCUAAAUCAUUACUCAUUGGCUGUGUCCAAAACCUGAAAUUUGGUGCCUACUUAAGGCUAAAGUAUACUUUGGUUUUCCGUGUGAUGUACAUUUAGUUAUCAGCACUGUCCACGUGCAGCCCAGUUUUUGCAGCAUGCGGGGCUAUUGGCCCAAUGGUGGGAAUGGAGAUCAGUUUUGGUUUCACGUAUCGAGGUCCGAAGCUGUUGGCUCCAGCUGACCAGUUGAUAGCCCUGGCUCGCACUGUGCUGAUAGUGGAAACUCGGCUAAUCACCAACAGUGUAACUAACCUCGGACCAUCGCUUCAUGUCCUCUACCAGCUCAGGUCAGGCACUCUCAAAAGACACUAAACAUCACUUUAUCUGUUAAAACAUGCACUGAUGCGAGUGAAAACACUGGAGACCAGAAAAUGUAAACAGGCCUCUGCUAUGAAUUGUGGAACACUUCUGCUUUCACAAAAAAUGUGGAUACUUUAGUCUUUAGGGAGUAUCCAGAGGUAGAAAGACAUCAAGGCACAGUCCAAUGUUCAAAAUACUGAGAAAUAAAGGCUGGUUUACAUUGCCUUAACAAACACCAAUCAACAGUUUCCAAUGGUUGUUUAGUUGGAUCAGUGUGUUCGCCCUGUUGGUGUUUAUUGUGGUAGCGUCAUAAUGACAGUUAUGUUACACUCUAAAUCAGGGGUGUCAAACUCAGUUCCUGGAAGGCCGCAGCCCUGCAGAGUUUAGUUCCAGCCCUGCACCAAAAUGCCUCCUUGUAAUCUUCAAGCACUCCUGAAGACCUUGAUUAGCUGUUUCAGGUGUGUUUAAUUAGGGUUGGAGCUAAACUCUGCUGGACAGUGGCCCUCCAGGAACUGAGUUUGACACCCCUGCUCUAAAUCCUACAGUCAAUUUUAAAAUGUUUAAUAUGUUAGUGUUUGUUGGGACACUGUGAACCAGACUUCAGAUACCUUCAUCUGGUCGAUGCUAUCUAUAACCAGAUGUAUAGAUGUAUCCUAGGCAGCCUAUGAUAUCACACAAUCCUGUUCAUGCAGUUUGUUUGGUUGAAAGAUUAAAAAUGCCGUUACACUUAGCAGUUGACAGUUUGGACUCACUUACUCGUAAUUAGUUCUAUUUUCCAUUUUAUAAUAAUGGGAAAAUAAUCAAAAUAUAAGGUAUUUCAAAUGGAAGUAUGUAGGGUCCAACUGUCCCGUGUUAGCCAGGACAUCCCGUAUUUCUUCCAAAAUUACGACGUCCUCCCUCUUGUCGUGUCGAAACACUCAAGGUGGACCCUCUGUCUGACAGCACCACCCUGUAUUUAAAGAAAUAUUCCGGGUUCAACACAAGUAAACAAGUUAAGUCCACAGCAUAUGUGGCAUAAUAUUGAUUACCACAAAAAAUGUAUUUUAACUUUUCUUUUUGUUUUUUUUUAAAAGAACAACAAAAAGCUGGGUUGCAGUAAAGCUCUUACAAUGGAAGUGAAUGUAACCAAUCCAUAAACGUUAGAAUCCUAUUUCAAAAGUAUAGCCAUAAGACGUAAACAAUACAUGUGUUAACAUGAUUUUAGUGUGAAAAUUUCUGUGUCAAAUUAUAUCCAAAUUUACAACUUCAUGCCAUGCCAAUUUAUCACUGUAAACUCUAAAACGAUCGUAAAAUAUCCCUCAACACCCCAAACUUUCCCAUUUGGACAGCGGCGUAUUUAAGUGAUCAAGUAUAUAUUUGUGUGGUGAAGAGUUGGCAACCCUGGAAGUAUGGGAAGGAGUUUCCAUGUAUUCUGGUCACUUGUUGACUACGUUUCUUUUACUAUCCAAUCCAACUCAUCCAUUGAUUCGAAAGAAGAAAAAAAUACAUUCAAAUUAAAUUCAUAUGUCGGCACAAAUUAUUUUCCUAACCAUAGGUUUUCUACCCUAAUUUCAAGCCUUUAGAUCAAAAGGUUUUUAUGAUCAUGAGAAACAAAUUCAAUGAAGUGUGUCCAAAUGUUCGACCGGUAGUUCUAUUCCUACCAAGAAAUAAGCAUAUUAGGCAUUAAAUAUUUGCUUGGAUAUAUCUAAAGCUUACUCAAAAUUUGUUCUAGAUCAACAGACAUGAUGUUAUGGUGCCUUGGAAGCUUGUCUGAAAAGAGCUACCCGUAUACAGAAAUUCUGCCUGUUAAGUCAUUGACUAACUGGGCAGCAAGGCAGUAAGCGAGCUGCCUUCGGUUUCAGACACAGCCAUUCUGUCAGUCUUUCUCUCAUUCUGUGUCAGACAGCGCUAUUGACACUCAUUCCCCAGAAUGCUCUCAGAAAUGGACACAGAAAAUGACAUGAGGAAAACAAACUUCCUCCUUCCAGAUGCACAUUUCUUUCUAUCUUUCUCGUUCUCCAACUCUGCAAGAGCACUUAACUGUCACUCCUGCCAAAAUUGCACAACCUUCCAGGUAGUCAGGGAGAGGAACUUCGAGAGCCAUCAUUGGAAGAUUCUUCAGGAAUUUCAGUGUGUCUGUUGGGUGAGUGUAUGAAACCAGCAAAGACUCUAAUACCGAGUGUGGCUGGCAGACUUAACACGUGUUCUCAUUCAGGGUGGAGCGAGAGGGAGAUUUCUUUUCUGUUUUUAUUUGUCGAUUUGUACGAAAUGUAACUGACACCCAUUGUACAGCCCCCCCCCCCCCAAAUGCUGCAGGGUUACAUUUGAUUCAUGUUCAAAUGUGUCAAGCUGUGUGAUUCAGCCAAAUUUCUAACCUUUGCCUUUCUUAUAUUAUGAUGCUGACGUUUGUAUUCAAAUUCUAUGUGAGAGAAAAAAAGUGCUAAACUUAAGUAUUUUUUAAAACAGAGAACAAACGAUAGGCGAAACAUUUCAGAUACAGAGUAUUAGAAGUUUUAUGAGAAAUUAUGUUAAAAAGGUUGUCAUUACUCUAAACUUUAACCCCCACCCCACUCCUAUAUCCCUAUAGCAUGAGCUUUUGAAAUGAUCUACCUGCUUUCUGACUGAGUUGAACUCAUCCCAUGUUAUUGAUGAGAGGUUUUAUAAACUGAUAACGGAAGAGACUGUCACGCAAUUAAAAGUUGGUAAA